GAGACACUACUCUCAUGCUAGCAUUCAUACACCUGUGCUUAACUGCAUAACCUUAUGCUUUCCUUUUAAGCCACGAUGCUUGCCAUAUUUACAAAGAUCAAAGACCGCGUCGAGGCUUUUUUGAACGAGAAGAAUAUAGUCACUGACUGUCUUAAUAAAAUCGAAGAAAAAACAGGCAUCAAGAAACGUUAUUUAGCGCUCGGUGCUGCUGGUGUGAUUGGAACGUAUUUAUUAUUUGGACACGGCGCUUCUCUGCUCUGUAAUCUGAUUGGUUUUGUUUAUCCUGCAUAUUACUCUAUCAAAGCCAUAGAAAGUCCUGAUAAGGAGGAUGACACACAAUGGCUGACAUACUGGGUAAUCUACGGCUUCUUCAGCGUGGGUGAAUUCUUCUCUGACAUUUUUCUCCACUGGUUUCCUUUCUACUAUGUAUGUAAGUGCUUGUUCCUGUUGUGGUGCAUGGCUUCGGUCUCCUGGAAUGGUUCUCAGAUUCUGUACAGGUAUACGGUGCGGCCACUUUUCCUGAAGCAUGAAGCCAGAGUAGACGAGAUGGUCAGCGAUAUAAGCGGGAAGGCCAAGUCCGCCGCUGAGAACAUCACGAGAGAGGUUCUUCACACUCUGGUGAGAAACCGGACUAUUGGCCCUGCUGAGCCUGAAGUCAAAAGACUGCCCAGUUCUGCUUUUACUGAACCCACUGUUGAUUAAACGGUGGCUAAAGUGAUCUGAGGAUGACACCAACACACAAGAGAUGCAGCGUCAUGUUGAAGACAAACUCAGACAUG